AUGGGUUCACCUCUUUCUCCAAUUCUGUCUGAUCUUGUGAUGGACGUUUUGGAACAACACUGUCUAUCGAAACUUGAUUUUGUGCUUCCAUUCUAUCUCAGGUAUGUAGACGAUAUCGUCACCGCUGUUUCUUCUAAUAAGGUCGGCUCAAUUCUUGAUGUCUUUAAUAGCUUCCACCCUCGUCUACAGUUUACGUCUGAGGUUGAGUGGAACCACCAAAUCAGUUUCUUAGACGUUCUCGUCAUUAAUUGUAACCAGUCCAUUAAAACGGAUUGGUUUCACAAAUUGACUUGGUCACAAAGAUAUUUAAAUUUUAACUCGCAUCAUCCUCGAUCAUACAAAGUUGGUACCAUUAAUUGUCUUGUUGACAGAGCCAUCAGGCUUUCCAGUUCUGAAUUCCAUGAUAAGAAUUUGACUUUAAUUUUUCAAUCGCUACGCAAGAACGCUUACCCUUCCGCUUUUCUUAACAAACACAUACACGUCAAAUAUCACUCCAUAGUCUCUAUAACUGAUCCCAACAGUAACAGUAACGUCUCAACAAUCAACUCUAAUAUUAAACAUUUCAUAUCUAUUCCGUAUGUAGCUGGCUUGUUUCAAUCCUUAAAUAGAAUCUUUAACAAAUAUAAUAUUCAAUUCGUUGGAAAAAACACACAUGACAUAUCGGCACUCUUUGAUUCUGGCAAAGAUGUGCUACCGUCGGAUAAACGUUCUUGCGUGGUGUACAAGAUUCCUUGUAAACAAUGUAACAAGGUUUAUAUCGGCGAAACUAGCAGGCACCUGCAUACACGUGUGAGUGAACACAAACGCAAUAUACACGACAGCGAAGACAACUACACAGCCUUAACCAAACAUAUGGUGGAUUUUGAUCAUGCCUUCGAUUAUGAUCACACUUCUGUUUUAGAUAAUGAACCUGUCUAUUACAAACGUCUAUUAAUCGAAAUGUGUAAUAUUGUUUCACAUACAAAUUCUGUUAACCUUAGGCAUAAUAUAGAACAUCUCAGUACUAUUUAUACUUCUCCAUUGCUAGGCUGA